AACUAGUGAAAAUUAAUUUAUUUUAUUUUGUACCCCUUUACAACUUCUACAGAUCUUUUGAAUACUCUAGAGUUAAUGGUAUUUUAAGAAUUUUUAUUGGCCCAACCCUAAAUGUACCAGUUUCAUUUUUAAUGACCUUACAUCUGUUGACAACGAGGUCAUUCGGCUUCCUGUUUCAGACGCCAACAACUUCCAGAAUUUUGGUCGCACCGCCACACUUUAACUAGGUUUGAAUGUUAGACCGCACCAUGUUUUAAGCAAACCAGUUGGCAUGUGUCACUGUUAAACAGGAGUGGGUAGCGGGCGCUCUCAAAGACAAGCCGGCACAUGUGGACUGACUAACCGUUCUGUGAGCCAGAUUUGAGAGGGUUCACGUCAGUUUCCUCAAGACGUAUUCAUGUCAAGUUGUGAUCAGUGCAUUAAGUGAUGGAAAAUUACAUCUAAGAACAAGAUAAAUGUAGGUCUCAUCUGCCAAUGCAUGAUAGCUAACAUUGCUAUAGUAAAGUAAUUUUAUUUUAGAUAUAAUUUUUUUUCCUGUAUAAUUGUUUGAAUGAUACAAAGUUUAAGAAUGUGCAGGCAAGAGUACUAGACAGCUGUACAGAACUCUAGUAUCAAGACAUAGGGUUCAAAAUAACUUGAAAUCUAUGACAAGUAAAAUGAAGUAGUAGCUGAGAUCUAGUGCAUGGUAAAGGAGGGAAUGUGAAGGCUCACUGUAAAUUCAACCUUUCAUUAUCCUAUAUACCACCUUAAAUCUUAUAUACCAAAAGGAGGGUAAACAACUAUGCCUUUAAAAUUAUUUAGGAUUAGAUUAUAGCUCUAAAAUCAUUUUAUAAUAUCUUGUAAUGACUUUUUUUUUUUUUUUUUCAAAUACAUCAAUAUAAACAUUUUGCUUCUAAGUAAUAUUCUUUGGUGUUGAGGCACACAAAGUAUAUUAAGAGCAUGGUGACCUUUGGGUUAUUCCUUACAGAAAAUAAUACGAAAACAUAUUCUCCACUUUUUUCUUUAAGAGAUUAAGGAGGUUAUCAACAUACCCAUUAAAAAUCAAAUUUUUACAUAGGUGACUGCUUGCAAGUAAUCAGCGAAUAAUGUUUUUUGUUAAUGGAGAUCUUAUGCUUUUUACAUGUAAUUUUUCACACUUCUUCUAUUUAUAAUGUUUCACUUCUAUGGUGGCCAUACCGUAAACUGGGGUGAAUAGGGACAAAAACUGGAAAAAAAAAAAUUAAAUAUUUUCUUCAUACUUACGUGUAUUAAAUUGGGAAAUAAUGGAAUAAGUUUUAAAAAUGUUUGUGUAUAUAAAACAGUAAUUUUAAUUAAAUUUUUUAGCUUUUAUUUGUGUUGGUAGCCCUAUUUAUUACCUAUUGCAUUUGGCAGCCAUAUUGUAACAUCACAAAUGUUGUUUGGUACAAGCUUUUGGCAGCUUCUGUGUUUUCUUGGAGUAAAUGUCUGUUUUUAAUGUUGUUUGAUUACCUACGAUGAAGGUGCACAGACUGUUUAUAAGUGCCAUUAUUUUCUGCACGGCAGUGUCGUUCGGUGUCGGCCUCCGCCAGUCGGCCAGGGAGAGGCGAGCGCCGAAGACGAUGCCGUCCAAGAGUUCCAUUGAGGAGAAGAUGCAGUCGGUCAACUUGCUGCUUUACACGAGAAACAAUAUCGACACUCCGCUGCUUUUGAAUCCAGAUGAUACUUCAACAUUGCAAGCAGUGGAUGUACAGAAGGAAACUAUAUUUUUGAUUCAUGGAUGGCUUUGCAACAGGACAACAUUUAUGGCAGUAAAAAAUGCCUACCUGAAGAGCAGAGACGCGAACGCGGUGAUCGUGGAGUGGGACAGGCUGGCGGCCGGCAUGUUCACCAAGUCCCGGAAAGACGUGGAGGUGGUGGGGUCCCACCUGGCCCAGCUCGCGGACGCUCUGAUAGGGGCGGGCCAGGACCCAGCACGCCUGCACAUCGUGGGCCACAGCCUGGGGGGCCACAUGGCGGGCAUCGCCGCCAGCAAGGUCACCAAGGGCACGGUCGGCAGAGUCACGGCUCUGGAUGCCGCAGGCCCUAGCUACACGACCCCUGGCAUGGAAGACAAGGUCGACUCCACAGACGCAGCUUUCGUGCAGUUAAUUCACACCAAUGUCGGGGGCUUGGGCAUCAGGAAGGCUUUGGGUCAUGUCGACUUCUACGUCAACGGCGGGAAGAGCCAGCCAGGAUGUUCAACUUCGGACAUGGGUAUUUGCAGCCACAUGAGAGCAGUAGACAUUUACGAGCAGUCGGUCACAGACGGGAAAUCCUUCCCUGCACGUGAGUGUACUACCUGGAAGACAUUUUCUAGCGGCAAGUGUGACGAAAACCCCAUUGCUUACAUGGGCGAAUCUUGCAGCAAUAGCACAAGAGGCAUAUAUUUCCUGAAAACCAGUUCACUUCCCCCAUAUACCGCCUAGGAUGAGAGCCUUUCAGCUUCAGGAAGUGAACGUAUGGCUUGAUUUUCUGAAUGAAAAGGUAUAAUAAUGUCAGUGAUUUUAAAACUAAUAAAACUCAUUUGGAUUUUAUCUAAAA